GGCACACCCCGCCCCGGCACGCCCCGCCGGGCUCGGGCAGAGGCAGCGCGCCGACUGUUCGGGCAGCCGAGGACGACGCCGGGGCCGGGAGCCGAGGCGCAGGUCAGCCCCGAGCGCGCCCAGCUUCUGCGGAUCAGGAGUUGGAACGGAGCACCUUCCUUUCCUCCCAGCCCGGCCUCUUUCUGCAGAACGGAGCUCAAUAGAACUUUGUUGUUUUGCCUUUUACUCUGGGGGGAGAGAAGCAGACGAUGAGCGCCCAGAUGGGUCUCUCUGAACGAAGUUGGAUGAAGUGAUUCUUCAGCUUCAGAUGCCUUGGUGGGUCCCCACCCACUUUCCAUGCCUUUCCAGGCUCUGACUGCCCCUGCCCACCCUCUGACUGCCUCCUACCACCACCUCGCCCUCGUUCCAGCCGCUCAGGAGAAAAUAAUGAAUGUCAAAGGAAAAGUGAUUCUGUCAAUGCUGGUUGUCUCAACUGUAAUUGUUGUGUUUUGGGAAUAUAUCAACAGCCCAGAAGCCUCUUUGUUCUGGAUAAACCAGUCAAAAAACCCAGAAGUUGGUGACAGCAGCAUUCAGAAGGGCUGGUGGUUUCCAAGCUGGUUUAACAAUGGGACCCACAGUUACCACGAAGAAGAAGAAGAUAUAGACAAAGCAAAGGAACAGAGAAAGGAGGACGAAGAGGAGCUUCAGCUCUUGGACUGGUUUAAUCCACAUAAACGCCCAGAGGUUGUGACCAUGACCGGAUGGAAGGCGCCGGUGGUGUGGGAAGGCACCUACAGCAGAGCUAUCCUAGAAAAUUAUUAUGCCAAACAGAAAAUUACCGUGGGCUUGACGGUUUUUGCUGUCGGAAGAUACAUUGAGCAUUACUUGGAGGAGUUCUUAACAUCUGCUAAUAAGUUCUUCAUGGUUGGCCACAGAGUCAUAUUUUACAUCAUGGUGGAUGAUGUCUCCAGGAUGCCUUUGAUAGAGCUGGGUCCUCUGCGUUCCUUCAAAGUGUUUGAGAUCAGGCCUGAGAAGAGGUGGCAGGACAUCAGCAUGAUGCGCAUGAAGACCAUCGGGGAGCACAUUGUGGCCCACAUCCAGCAUGAGGUCGACUUCCUCUUCUGCAUGGACGUGGACCAGGUCUUCCAAGACACCUUUGGGCUGGAGACCCUGGGCCAGUCGGUGGCUCAGCUGCAGGCCUGGUGGUACAAGGCAGAUCCUGACGAGUUCACCUACGAGAGGCGGAAAGAGUCCGCAGCAUACAUUCCGUUCGGCCAGGGGGAUUUUUAUUACCAUGCGGCCAUUUUUGGGGGAACACCCACUCAGGUCCUAAACAUCACCCAGGAGUGCUUCAGGGGAAUCCUCCAGGACAAGAAAAAUGACAUAGAAGCCGAGUGGCAUGAUGAAAGCCAUCUAAACAAGUAUUUCCUUCUCAACAAACCCACUAAAAUCUUAUCCCCAGAAUACUGCUGGGAUUAUCAUAUAGGCCUGCCUUCAGAUAUUAAGCUUGUCAAGAUAUCUUGGCAGACAAAAGAAUAUAAUUUGGUUAGGAAUAACGUCUGACUUUAAAUUGUGCCGGUAGGUUUCUGAAUUUGAGAGAGUAUUAUUCUGGCUACUUCUUCGGAAAAGUAACACUUAAUUUUAACUUAAAAAAAAAAAUACUAACAAAACACCAACACAGCAAGUACGUAUUAUUCCUCCUUGCAACUUCAAGCCUUGUAAUACGGGAGAAUGAACCUAUGGUAAUCAGAUGUAAAUUCCUAGUGAUUUCUUAUCUUUUCUGGGUUGGGGGGAUACACUAUCAGCUAAACAAAAAAAAAAAAAAGAAGAAGAAAA